AUGCUUGAUCGGUCGUACGAGACCCUCCGAGUUUGGGUUGGUGGUUGGUUUAGUAGUAUUAGGCGCUCGGCGAAAAAGAAGACAAGCGAAUGGCAAAGAGCAGAAUUACCGGAAGCAGCAAGGCGUGUCGGGUCGGUCGAGAAGCCGACGAGGAAAAAGUCGAAAGUGGACACUCCGUGGGCAGUCAGAAGCCGUCGAUUAGAAAUGCAACCGAAGGCGAAGAGCGCCAUGGAAGGGCCCCGGUUGGCCAAUCAGCAGCCCCAAAAUGCCGCUGACAUGAGAGACAACCCGGUUUCAGCCAAUCACCGGCCAAAGAAUCAGGCUUAUUUGAGCACGGACGCGCUAAGGCCCGAUGGGGGCAAGCGGCCACCCACCGGCCCCGGUGCGCUAGACCGGAAGGGGGAGCGGUGGAUCCGGGAUGAUACGAUCUGGGGAGAAGAAGAGGAAAAGGGAAGGGGCAACUCUGUUGAUGUCAGAGAAAAGGAAAACUCAGAGCCCCGAACUCUACUCCAGUAA